CUCCAUUAAAACACCAAAGAAGAAUACAUUAAAAAAACUCCAUUAAGUUAAAAAUCAAACUAGGACGAUUAAUCUCCAUUCUCCGGUAGUCCAACUUAGGUCAAACACCAAACACGAAAACAAUUAAAAUACCAAACAAGAAAACAAUUAAAUAAAAAAGUUGAUUAAUUAAAUAAAUAUGACUUAGUUGAGGUGAAAUUUUGGAAGUGUGCGACCCAGCAGCCGUGGCUUAAAUAAAAUCGCUGAUUCAAAAUCGCCGGCUCACCAAUUUGUGUUUCUCUUUCCCCGUUUUUGCUUGCUCUGGAGUCUGGAAGCUAACCGAAGGCAAAACUGGUAUAACUUAUUAUUACCAGUAUACGUAGUAAUACGGAGUAAUAAUACAGAGUAAUACCAUAAAAACAUCCGACGUCGUUUCUUUUCCUUUUAGUAACACAGUCAAACGUCGUCGUUGAGCUAAGCCUAUUAAAAUGAUUGGUCAGCAUCUUUAACAAUCGAACAUAGAAAUACCAGGGCACCGGCUAUGGAAACAAAACGAGAAGGGACGACGGGAGAUGCAGGGGCGGGACGAAUAUAUCUCCUACUACUACCUUGAAACGUCCGGCGAAGGGGUGGCGUCAGCACCGGCUAGCCCCGGCCUGGUUCCGCCCCUGAGCCAGGUUGAUUUGUUAAAAGAGGUUAGGAAAGAGGCUUCGGAGACUCUUUUGACGGAUCAUGGGGUAGUUUGUUCCGGGUCUUUGUUUGAGAAUUCUGGUUCUGAGUUUGAGAGGUCGAUCUCUUGCGGGUUAUUUCAAGAAGACUUGCUUAUAAAUGGUUUUUUAUCUUCUCCAGAUUUAGAGAGACGUCAUAAGGAUUUGGAACUUGUUAAUAAUCAACAUAAUUGGUCAGAAGAAUUUCAGAGGGACACUAUCGGGGGGACCGCUACAAAAGAUGCGGGUCAAAUUAAUGAAGAGAUGAUCGUGGACAUAAGUAAUAAAGCCGAAGAGAGUGGUUGCAAUGAGGGAGUGAUUUUUGAUGUUAUUCCUCUUCAGGUGUCCUUUCCGGAUCAAGAACAGAACAAGAACAUUGUGGUGAUAGAGGGUGCCUCUCAAGACGUUGAAAGCUCGGAGGAGGAUGAAUCUUCGGGAUAUGACUCUGACCAAGAGUUGCUUGAUCGUCUAAGUGAUCCAAAUUGGAAAUUAAGAUCUCAAAUAUUGCCAAGAAGAAGUGCUCGACUUCAAGCCAAGAUUCUAGCAGUAACAGGUUAAAAGCAUUUGGAUUGUUGGUCAUGGGUUGAUUGCACUCUCUAGGAGGAGCAAAAUCUAUUUGGACCGGGUCAACAAGGUUAUGCAAGGAUCAAUUUCAGGAAAUUGGGAAGUUGGCCUUGAACACUUGGAUCGAUUUAGAAAUCUUUAUCUCUUGAUUAGUUUGUUCACUAGCUCAGUUGUUCUCUAAUUUUCUUCCUUCAUUAGCGUUUGUAUUUUUCUAAUAAAUUUAAUAAAAUCUUAUUUUCAG